CUGGAUGCCCCCCGCCCCGCACCUGCACCCGGGGGAGGAGGCAAGCCGCCAGCAGCAGCAACAACAGGGAGAAGAGGAGCAGCGAGAAGGGGAGCACCCGCGGCGAGAAGAGGCGCGUCCCCCCGCGCCAGAUGCCGCUGCUGCUGCUGCUGCCUCUGCUGCUCCUGCUGCAGCUGCUGUUGCUGCCGACUGCUGGCCCGCUGUGCUGCCCCAGGUGGACGAGCGGGUGCUGGCGGAGCUGCCCUGGGACCUGAGGGAGGAGAUUCGGAGGAGCAUCUGGGCUGCCGGGGGUCGUCGGGCCGGCGCCGCCAGCAGCCGGGGGAGCGCGCAGCAGCCCAGGGGCCACCCGGGCGGCGGCAGGCGGGCCCAGGGGGGAGGCCGAUCAGGGCCGCACCACCUCCGGCAGCAGAUGGACAUCCGUCGCUUCAGCAAGCAGGGUUAGGUGGCUGGGCGCGGCUGGUAUGGUGGGAGGAAGUUGCGCGGGGGCAAGGAUGCGUAGAACCCCUACGGGUAGUGCACAAAUGGUUUAGCUAGGAGUUCGGCGUUCGCAGGAUGGAUGCAAAGGGAGGCCAGGGAAACCCAAUUGCUUUGAUGCGGUCUUUCAGAUGUUACGAGCGGGUUGUUACGGCAUUGUUGCGAUAAGCGUAGUGUAACUUGAAGGUACAUGUGCCUUCAGCCUUGACUAGCCUACUCCAUGUGUGCUCGCAUUUCCGCAUUCGAUGUGCUGAAGUAGGGUACGAAUGAAACCGGUGAAAGGCUGUACAGUUCGUCGUACAUACUAGGUGAUGCGUUGUUCAAGCACAUCUGAGCGGCACAUGCGUUGUCAUAUCCACAGUUUUCUCCGUUGGGUUUUCAUUGUUCUUUACAAUGUGGUUGUCGGGAUGGUAGUUGGCAUAGUUAUGCCUUUUGGGGGCCAUGGGCGGGGAACAUGGGUUGUGGCCAUGGGCGGAUUCGGGCUUAAGACUGCCACAUGUCAGGCGUGAGGCACAUAGGCAAUGCCGUAUCAUGGAUAGUAUGGGAAGAGCUGUCAAAGCACCGUACAGAUGCGU